AUGGCUCCCGGCCCGCCUGUCAUCGCAGUUGAUCCGCCCGGGACGCCCCCAGCGCCCGCCUUUGUCGACCGCGACAUAGGCGACGGCAACAGCCCAAUCGACGACGACGGCCUCGUUGACCUCGACAAAGCCCAACUGGACUCGAAGCCAACAACACUUUCCCCGACGCUCACCUCGUCCACUCGCAGGCCUUCCAUCUCAACAUACCUUCGUCCCGAAACCACAUCGCUGCUGAAACCGCCGUCCCCUGAGACUCCUUUCAUCAUGUCCAGUGAGGACAACAACGCCAGCGGCAGCGGCAGCGGUGGCGGAGCUACUGGCACGUCACCGCCCAAGAAUCCGUUCAAUUUUAAGACACAAUAUAUAUCCACUGCGCCGAUCAAAACUGGCAUCGGCCAGCGUCGCGGUCACCGCUACAAGCACAGCUCGAUUAGUGCAUCCCAUUCCUUCUUCCAAGAACCACCUCCCCGACCACCGCCUGUCCUUCCCGCCUCCCUUCCCAUACCAACUCUCAAAGAAGCAUGGGCCAGCAUGCAACCGGUCCAGCGCGCCCGCCUGUACUGGUGUAUCUGCCACGCCGUGAUCGCCAUGUACGUGUUGCUCAGCGCGGAGGGCUCUCUUGCCAUGACGGCACUCUCCCACCUAGUCUUCUUCGAUGUCGGCUCCGCGGUCAUCUGCGUCGUUGUCGACGUGCUGGGGAACUUCGAGGUCUGGCGCCGCUCCAGCAUCCGCCAUCCCUUCGGGCUGCAGCGCGCUGAGGUCCUCGCUGGCUUUGCCAUGUCCAUCUUUCUGGUCUUUGGCGGCUUCGAUCUCAUCUCCCACAACGUGAAGCAUUUGCUGGAGGGCGUAGGGGAGCACUCGUCUCAUCACCCGCUCCCUAAUGACCACGACCAUAGCCACGGCCACCACCACGGCCCAGCUCGGUAUAUCUCCCCUGGCACAGUUGAUUUCGCCUGCCUGGCGGCAAUAAUCAGCACGUUAGUCAACGCGCAUGCCCUGCGUAACCACGGCCGCGUGCGUCGCAUCAUGCGCGUGCCCUUCCCCUACCUGGCUAGUAUCCUCCCCGGCGCGGGCAUUCUGGCCAACCCAUUCCACUUUCUGACUCUGUGUUUCGCCUUCCUGAUGCUUCUUCUGCCUCUAGUCAGCGUCCCACAGUUCGUCUGGCUUGACCGCUUCAUCUGUGCGGCCAUCACGGGGAGUAUGUUCCUGCUUGGCGUGCGGCUGGCGAUUGCGCAGGGCCUGAUGCUGUUGAUGAGUUACGACGGGUCCAGGAUGACCGCGAACCCAAAUGCUACGUCCUACGUGCCCUCGCCUGCUGCAUCAGGGCCCGGGGAGAAAAAGAAGAUCGAUUCGGGAGCUUACUCACGAUAUAAUGAUGGAGACAGUGUCUCGGCCGUGCUCCGAGAGAUUGAAGCUGAUGUACAGGUUGCCCGGGUUGAGGAGGCCCAGUUCUGGCAGGUGCAUUAUGGCCUGGGAAUGGCCAACUUGAAAGUGAAGGUUGCUAGGAGUUAUGGGAAUGGAACAGGGACGGGGGUCAGCCUAGGCAGCGCUAAUGGUGCCAGUGGCGGGGACGAUAAUGGUGCCUCGCUGAGCCAACUGCGUAGCCGCCUAGCGAGGAUCGUGCAGAAUCGGCUAGGAGAAGGGUAUGGGCGUGGCGGUAGCUUGAGAUGGGAGGUGACUGUACAGACUAGCAGCUCUGAGGGGUAG